AUGGAGCUGCUAUCUGUGAGUUCAAGGUUAUUUUGGUCAUUUCUUCUCCAUGCCACGCUCUUCUUGUGUCUGAUCCUACUGUCCAGAUCUGCCACCGUCCCAGCCAACGAAACCGAUCGAUUUGCUCUGCUCGCCUUCAAGGACCGAAUAACGGAAGAUCCUCUCAACGCCAUGAGCUCGUGGAACGAUUCUCUCCAUUUCUGCGAGUGGCGCGGAAUCACGUGCAGUCUCAGGCAGGAGAGGGUCACCGUCCUCAACCUAACGUCUCUCAAAUUGGAAGGUUCCAUUCAUCCCCAACGUCUCACUCUCAGUUACAUUUCAUUUGGAGGAGAAAUCCCAUCUAAUCUGACCUACUGCUCAAACCUCCAAGUCAUCGAUUUUUCUUUCAAUGAGAUCAUAGGUGAGAUUCCCAUUGAGCUCAGCUCUUUAUCAAAGCUCCGUUGGUUAUUUCUCUAUGUCAACCAGCUCGUCGGAAGAAUCCCACCUUCCCUGGGAAACCUUUCGUCUCUCACUCAACUUUCAUUAUCAAGAAAUAACUUACAGGGAAACAUCCCAGGCGAUUUAGGCCGCAUUCCAAAGUUAGGACUCCUCCAGAUAUCUCAAAACCAUCUGUCCGGCACAAUCCCUUCAGCUAUUUACAAUCUCUCUGCUCUAUUUAUGUUGUCGGUCACUGAAAAUCAACUUCAUGGAAUCCUUCCACCAGACUUAGGCUUACGUCUUCCUAAUCUCGAGGGUUUUUAUGUGUCGAGAAACUGGUUUACCGGACCCAUUCCUGUUUCACUAGCCAAUGCUUCAUUCUUUCAAGAGCUCUAUCUCCCUGACAACGAUUUCACUGGAGGUGUGCCUAUGAAUCUUGGCACUCUUCAAUAUCUUAAUAUAUUUGUCAUCGGCGGUAAUCAGCUCGGAACAGGGAAAGAAGAUGACUUGAAUUUCAUCAAUUCCCUCUCCAACUGCAGCUACUUGGAAAAUUUUGAAUUUGGUAACAACAGUUUCAAUGGUAUGCUUCCCAAUUCCAUAGCCAAUCUAUCAACCCGACUCAAUCAGCUGGUGAUAGGGUUCAACCACUUGUAUGGAAGCAUCCCUGAAGGAAUCGGGAAUCUCGUCAGCUUGACCCAAUUGACUAUGGAUCAUAACAAUUUCACAGGUACCAUUCCUGUUAGUAUGGGAAGACUUCAUAGGCUGCAAAUGUUAGACUUGUCAAGUAACAGAUUUUCUGGGCAAAUUCCGACAUCCAUCGGCAAUUUCACUGAACUGAAUGAACUUGCAAGAAAACAGCCUAUUGGGAAACAUACCUCCGAGUCUUGGAAAUUGCCAAAAACUAAUAGCUUUAAACCUUUCUCAAAAUAA